AUCUUCUUCUGAUUUGCGUCCCUCACCCUCAUCGUAUUCUCUCAUCGAUUUGCCUUUUCCUUCUCUGUCCAGUCAAAGCUGAGUCCCUCUUCUUCUCCUUCCUCUUCUCUCUCACCCACCUGGAUUAAUUUACUCUUCUUCUGCUCCUCAUGAUCAUAUCUGUAUAUAUAUAAUCUUCCUUAAUUGCAGCCUCAAUCUUGCCAAGUGUACCCAUUUCUGAUCAAACGAUUCAGACCCAGAAGCACUUGUUUCAUCUGAUACUGUAUCUUGUGUAGUUGUGUAUAACCUUCCUGUGUUCAUUACCUUUCUGCUUUUGCUUUCUUUCGUUGCUUUUUCCACUUCUGUCCAGCAUUCUGAGAACCCAUUUGGUGCAACUGCAUAUAAUCAAGACCAUUUUUUCUGUAGUUUCAAAUUGAGCUGCAUUGUUCUUGCCGGUACCACCAAUCAUGGAUCACGCCGGAAUGCCAGAGGAGGAAUUUCAGGGGGCGAGUUCAUCAUACUCCGGCGAGCCCUCUAUCGUUUUGCCUCAACCAAUUGAAGGACUUCACGACGCAGGUCCUCCUCCUUUCCUCACUAAAACCCAUGACCUUGUCGACGACCGGCGCAUCGAUCACAUAGUUUCCUGGAGCAGGGAAGGCAGCUGCUUUGUGGUGUGGGAUCCCCAGACCUUUGCGAUGAACAUCCUCCCCAGAUAUUUCAAGCACAACAAUUUCUCAAGCUUUGUCAGGCAGCUCAAUACUUACGUAAGUAUGCUGCUGAACCUACAAUCCAGACAUUGGCAUCUAACCUCUGGUUUUAGAAAGGUCGAUUCGGAUAGAUGGGAGUUUGCUAAUGAAUGGUUUCUCAGAGGACAGAAGCAUCUUCUAAAGAAUAUUAGAAGGAGAAGGACACCUCCUCUGCCUCAGGCUUUACUGCAAGCCCUGGACCCCUGUGUUGAAGUGGGGUACUUCGGAUUAGAAAGAGAUGUGGGUCGAUUGAGGCACGACAAGCAAAUUCUAAUGGUGGAACUGGCGAAAGUCAGACAAGAGCAGCAGAGUACCAGAGCCUAUCUGCAAACAAUGGAGCAAAGGCUAAGGGCAACCGAGCUGAAACAGAAACUAAUGAUGAAAUUUUUAGCAAGAGCAUUGAGCAAUCCCGGCUUCAUUCAGCAGCUUGUUCACCAGGACAAAAGGAAAGAACUUGAGCAAGUGCUUAACAAGAAGAGAAGGAGACCAAUUGAUCGAGGGCCUAGCAUUGGGGAAGAAGCACUGCCUGUCAAAGCUGAACCUUAUGAUUAUGGUGACAACUACACGGGGUUUGAAUUUUCGGAAUUGGAAAGACUUGCUCUGGACAUGCAGGGGCUAAGCAGGACCAGAAAGAGACCACAGGAAGAAGAGGCAGAGCAGGGGAAGGAAUAUGAAAGGAGAGAUUACAAAUCUCUUGAUGAGGGUUUUUGGGAAGAACUUUUGAAUGAAGGGAUUGAAGAUGAUAUGAGUUUAAUUGGUGCCAGAGGAGAAGAUGAAGAAACUGUGAAUGUGUUGGCUGAGCGUCUUGGUUUCUUGGGAUCGAGUCCAAAGUAGAAAGCAGAGCUUGCUCUGCUCUACCACUUUACUGCUUGAUUAAUCUGGGUAGGGAUGGAUCGUGGAUACCAUCAAUAACCAUUGAAAUGUUUACUAAUUUCUUAUUUAUUUGUUCUCCAUUCCAUGAUUGCUAUAGAAAGGUUGUUCCACUAGGAUUCUUGGUUUGACAGCAGUGUGCUAAACUGCUAAUAGACUUGUACAUAAUAAUGAAAUUUGUAGAGAGUAAACAACUAGCAUAGUUCCAUGGUA